AUGGAGAAUGUUUCUAGCGUUCAAAAACAAGGGGGCCGAGUUCGUCGUAAACUAAAAAACCAUUACUACUACUACCAGGAAACCAGAUCAUCUGCAUUAGAUGUCGAGCAGUCCCACCCUACCUUAAUGAUCAGAGACCGAGGCCUAUCGGAUCUGAGCCUUCUGCCCGGGGACAAUAAUCCACAGGAAAUUCAAAAUUUCCUUUUCUUUCGUACAGUCACAGCUCCUAGUCUAGCUGGUGGAUGCGACUUUGGCCUCUGGACAUGCCACACCCUGCAGGCUUCGCGGUUGUAUCCACCUCUGUGGCACGCUACUACGGCAUUAGGCGCUAUACACCGGCAGUUUAUUGCUGAUGGGAAUUUGCUGCCCUAUAAUCCGCGCUCGGAGACUGUUGAUAGAGUCCGGUUUGCAUUAAGACAGUUUAAUGAGUCUAUCCAGAGCUUGACGAAGAUGCUAUCGUCCGGCAAGGCGCUAGGUAAACAGGACAAGGUUGUAGUAUUGACCUCGUGCAUUUUAUUCAUGUGUCUGUGUACCUUGCAGGGCUAUCAGCUGCAGGCUUUAAUGCAUAUCAGCCAUGGGGUAAAACUUAUGCAUGAGUGGGGACUUGGAGAGAGCUCUGUGGUCCAACGGGACGAUACUGAUGCGGCUUUAAAUAUGCUGCUGGUGAUGCUCACUCAACUAGACACGCAAGGAACCCACAUUCAAAGUAGAGUGGGCAUACAGACUACAGAGCAGAUCGAGGAUAGACAAAGCGUGUACGCAUUGGAACCUUUCCACACAUGUCUCCAGGCGUAUGUUGGGUUGGAAAAGUUGAUUAAUCGCUUGACACGACUCGACCUAAACACUCAUGGUGCAUCCGCCACGCAUAAAGAAGCAAUUCUCCACGACUUCACUUUAUGGGACGCAAUGUUCCAGGACUACCUAGCCACACGAUCCGAAACCAUCGAAGGGAAUCUGCUCGCAGUCCUUAACAUCCGCCGCCUAUAUGCGCAAACACUUUUCAACGAUCCAGCUAAAGGCGAAGUCGGAUAUGACGAAUUCAUCGACCAAUAUACAAUGAUUGUCACUCUAGCAGCACAGGUACUUGAAGCCAUAUAUCCCGAUACUAGAGAUGUCGACGCCCAAUCCGGUAAUGUCAGCUCACCAUCAAAGCAACCAGACUACUCGCUCUCAGUUGUCAUCUCAGAGGCAAUAUUCAUCACAGCAAUGCGCUGCCGCGAACCGAGCCUUCGACGCCGGGCUUUGCAGCUGCUCAAGAGGUAUCCACGUCGAGAAGGCAUUAUGAAUGGGACGGCGGCUACGGAGAUUUUGGAGAAUUACAUGCUUUGCGAAGAGCAGACAUGUACGGGUUCUCUAGCUGAUAAUGGCCGUUGCAGCAGCGAUGGCCUCUGGAUAUGUCAAAAGCACCGAGUUGACUUUCAGAGAUUCAUGGACAUUUCGCGGUUGGGGGUGCAGGGGAUGCAGAAAUGGAGGACCUAA